ACCGGGCCGUCGAUGUCGAGGCUGCAGAGGUCGUCGGUGUCGUUCCGGCGGCAGGGCUCAUCGGGGCGCAUCUGGGACGACCCGAUGAGGGGCGGCCUCGACCACAAGGGGCUGCAGCCCGGCGCCAGCAUCCUCGCGGGGGACCCCUUGCCCCGCGCAGUGCCGUCGUCGGCCGGCUCGUUGCAAGGCGCCUCCGCCAGCAUCAUCGCAGAGAGCCCGGAGGUGGCCUCGGCCGGGUCGGCGGCCAGCACGGUCAUCGUCGUGGGCGAGGACGGCACGCGCCAUGAGAGGCCCGCGAGGCGGCGGCGGAGGAUCUCGUCGGCGUUCUGCGCGUGCAUGGGGCAUCCCCCCGCGUCGCAUGCGCAGCAGUAG